AUAACUCCAGAGACCAUGGACAGCUUACGGCUGGCUUUACGAGAGCAAAAGGACUUUAAGAUUCCUUGUGGGAAAGUGGAUGCCGUAGACCUGAGAGAAUAUGUGGACAUCUGUUGGGUGGAUUCGGAAGAAAAGAAGAAUAAAGGUGUUAUCAGUUCAGUAGACGGAAUAUCAUUAGAAGGAUUUCCAAGUGAGAAAAUAAAACUGGAAGCAGAUUUUGAAACGGAAGAGAAGACUGUGAGAUGUACUGAGGUAUUCUACUUCCUAAAGGACCAAGAUGUGUCUGUCUUGGAAACUAGUUACCAGUUUGCAAAAGAAAUAGCCACGGCUUGUAGUGCCGCGCUGUGCCCUCACCUGAGAACGCUCAAGAGUAACAGAAUGAACAGAAUUGGACUCAGAGUCUCCAUUGACACUGAUAUGGUGGAAUUUCAGGCAGGCUGUGAAGGCCAACUUCUGCCUCAGCGUUACCUAAAUGAUCUGGACAGUGCUCUGAUACCUGUGAUCCACGGUGGGACCUCCAACUCUAGUGUGCCCUUAGAAAUAGAGUUAGCAUUUUUCAUUUUAGAAAACCUUUUUGAGUGAAAGAAUGUGCUGUGUUGUAUGUUGUAAACUUAUCUGUUAACAUGAAUCCCAGCACUAAAGCUGAAAUGUUAUAAACACUAAAUGUUUGAUUGAAAUAUGUAAUUUUGCUUUUUUAGGCAGGAAUGAUUUUUCCAAAUCAUUAGCACAAUAUAUUAAAUAUCUAAAAAUUUAAGGAAUCCACCAUUUUUAUAGCUUUAUGUUUAUUAUAAGAACUAAGGAGAAAAAUAGUUCUUCUAACUUAAAAUGUAUAGUAUUUACUGUGUAACUUAAAUGUUAAGCCAAAGUAUCUGCACUUAGUUAUACCUCUUCAUGCCCAGAUGAUUUUAAUGAAGGAGACACGUGCUUUGUGUGUAUGCUAGUGAGGAUACUGGCUUCCAGGUUUUUAAGAUGUGUUUCAGUAGUGAGGCCAGUUUCGAGAGCCGUCUAGUUCUUUGAAUAAAGCUGGUAACUAACUUAUUGGUAUAAUUGGAAUGCAGACCUACCUCCAUGAUUAGAUAAACCAUUUGAUUAAACUUAGAAUUUUGCCUUUAUUUCUUCUCAAAUUAUUUUAUAUAUAUAUACAUAUAUAUAUGUGUGUGUGUGUAUAUAUAUAAAAAUCAUUUUUUCCUGAUUAAAAUAAUUGUGGGUGCUUCAGGAGUUUGUGCUUCUAUUUAAAUCUGUUGUUUCCAUAGCAACAUAUGGUAUGAAAUGUGUUUUAUAAAUCUUUGCUAAUAUAUAAAUAGGUAAUAUUUUUGUAUCACAGUGCAUCGCUUUCUCCUUCUUUACAAAGUACACCACUGUAUCUGACAUUCUGCAGAUGAUGACAGGCCAGGUGCCCCAUGAAGUAGUCAUCGUGUAGCAAUAACUAAAGCCUGAACCAGGUUUCUGUUACUCUCGUGGUGAUCCUUAGGAAUUUCGUGAUUGACACCAAUGUAUGAAGUAUAGUUUAACAAACUUGUUCUUUUUGCAUAUUUUUAAUUCUUUCUAUGGCAGUUAUUUUUAUAAUGGGAUAUUUAACAUAAAGUUAAAGAUUGUGAUAGAGCUUUCUUGCUUAAUUCAAACAGA